CUCCAGGAGGGCUGCAAAGCCCCCAGGCUGGUCACCCAGCUUCACUUCACCAGCUGGCCUGACUUUGGGGUGCCCUUCACACCCAUUGGGAUGCUGAAAUUCCUGAAAAAAGUCAAAACAGUGAAUCCUGCCCACGCUGGACCCGUCGUGGUUCACUGCAGUGCUGGCGUGGGUCGCACGGGCACCUUCAUUGUGAUAGAUGCCAUGAUGGACAUGAUGCAUGCUGAGCAGAAGGUGGACGUCUUCGAGUUCGUGUCCAGGAUCCGUAACCAGCGGCCUCAGAUGGUUCAGACUGAUAUGCAAUACUCCUUCAUUUAUCAAGCCUUACUGGAAUACUACCUCUAUGGUGACACCGAGCUGGAUGUCUCCUCCUUAGAAAAACAUCUACAGACAUCCCAGAGUGCAGCCCCAAACCUUGUCAAGAUAGGGCUAGAAGAAGAAUUUAAAAAGUUAACGAACGUCCGGAUAAUGAAGGAGAACAUGAGAACUGGCAACCUCCCAGCAAACAUGAAGAAAGCCAGAGUCAUCCAGAUCAUCCCCUAUGAUUUUAACAGGGUGAUUCUGUCCAUGAAGAGAGGACAGGAGUAUACUGACUACAUCAACGCCUCCUUCAUAGAUGGCUAUCGCCAGAAGGAUUACUUCAUUGCCACCCAAGGACCCCUCCCACACACCGUGGAGGACUUCUGGAGGAUGGUGUGGGAGUGGAAGUGUCACACCAUCGUGAUGCUCACCGAGGUGCAGGAGAGGGAGCAG